UUGAAAUUCACACUCGUUUGAUCCCCGUCCCGAACCCCAGACUCUCGUUCAAGAUGAAGACCGCCGUCGCUUGCACCCUCCUGCUCCUCGGAUCCCUUGGGGCCACCCAAUCGAUUACAGACCUCCCACUCUGCUCGAUUCAGUGCGUUGCCAGCGCCGUGACGGGCGUCGGUUGCGGUCUCACCGACUAUGCCUGCUCUUGCCAGAAGUCUGAUCAACUGACACCCACCGUCACCGCCUGCGUCAAGAAGGCCUGUCCGUCCCCCGCCGACCAGGCGAAGGUCAUUACUGUCCUGGAAGGCAUCUGCGCUGCUGCCGGCUUCCCUAUCAAAGUUCCUCCGCCCCAGCCGGAGACAUCUCAGCAACCCCAGCAGCCCCAGCCAUCCGAGACUCCUAAGAAGGGUGAAACGCCCGCGAGCUCCCACGCCCCUACGAUCCAGACGUCUGUCCCGGCUGAGACUCCCCUCCCCACUGGAUCUUGCGUCGUAAAGACCAUCACCAAGACGGUCACCAAGGGCAAGCCUGAGCCUACUCCCUCUGCUCCCUACCCCACUGGCCCCGUUGGCACUGGUACCCCUAUCGUUCCCUCCAGCCCUGCCGUCAACCUCCCGCCUGAAUUCACCGGUGCUGCGUCUGCAGUGAAGGUGCCUGCUGGUGUUGCUGGCUUCGUGGGCCUGGUUGCUUACUUCUUGUAAGCGGUUAUUUGAUACCCUGUGUAUAUUGGGCGAUGGUGUAUUUGGAAAUCUGGUUUGAACGUGUAAUGUCUGUUUUAUAAUGU